AUGAUUGUAUAUUUUUUUCGCAUUAUUUUAUAAUAAAUUGGAAGGACACAUUUUUGUAUCGUCAUCGCGAUAUUUUUGACUCAUUAAUAUUUUCCCCUAAAACUAAGCGGUAUUAAUUACUUCACAAUUCGCUCAUUAAUUCUAAGCAUAUUCUCCACCACAAUUAAUAUCGCACCGAGCCUGGUAUUUCCAUUAUUAUCAGUUCCCACUCUCAAAUCUCAUGCGAUAAGAUUCUAUACCUAAAAAUACUUAUCGUUAAAAAUUUUAGUUAGUAAAAAAAACCGCGAAUAUAUUGCAGAUUUAUGCAAUAUGCAAUAUAUUUUAUGUUGCAUAUGUAAUAUAGUUUAUGCAAAUAUAUAUAAAUAUGCGAACAUGUGAAUAAAAAACGCGGUAAAGACGCAUGUUCAGGCUCAUAUAUUUGGAAAAAAAAUAAAAUUUUCAGGUAAAAAACGCGAAUAAUUUGCGUUAAAAUAACUUGAAACCUACUUGCGCUUAAAGGUUAAAGUAAUAUUGUGCUUUUUAUUAAAGUUUCUUUUACAAUAUUUUAUCGAAUAUAACGUAGUGCACUUUUUAUGAUUUUAUGCAGUAGAAAAUUGAAGAGUCUAAAGCGAAUUCGAAAUCAAGAAAUUCUAUGUUAUUAUAAUUAUAAUUUCUUCAAUCAUUGAAUACGAAUUCAUUUAUGUACUUGCAAAUUUUCCUUACAUUUAGACUUCAAUCGCUCCUUUUAUUAUCCGAUUACGACUUUCCGGAUUCAUUGAGAUUUAUUUUAUCGCAUUGGUUCUUUUCAAUUGCCUUUAGAAUCUUAUUUCCAUGUAGACUCGACGUCGCUUUUAUUGUUAGAUAUAAUUCUUCGUAUAAUUCCAUAAAUAUAUGACGUGAAACCGCGAUUUACCAUGUUUGUUAAAUAAAGCUGUAAACGACGUUGCAGCAAAAUUGUCGCCGAGUGGCUUCAACACACUCGUUUCCUCUUUCAUAAAAGAAACUCUUCUGGAUUUUCUAUUACAGAGAACUCCGGAUUCUAUUCACCGCAAUAUUCGGGAGAAAAACGAUAAAAUAUUUAACGUAGCGAUUCAACAUUCCGGGAUCGUUUGUGACGGUGAAAAUUCGCCGGAAAAAUUCACGAAGCGAAAGAAAGCACGUAGUUUUCCGGUCGGUGAGUCUCCCUUUCAUCGACACGCGCCGCACACACCCCCUCGUUACCCUGCGUGCCUCCUUUACUUGUUGCUGCCGGCGGCGGCGGCGGCCGAAUUCCACGAACUUCCAUGCGCGCUUUUAUCGAUCCUUCGUCCGAUCGCCCUAUAUAAAAGCUGCCGCCAUUGGUGAUCGUCCUGGUCGAGAGAACGGGACCGGGGUUCCAUGCACACCCAGGGAAUCGUCUCGUCGACGACGCGUGUUACGACGUAGUUAAAAAGAAAAAUAAAAAAGAAGAGAGAGAGAGAGAAAAUCGCUCGCUCGCUCGCUCGCUGGUCCGUUUGCCCGGGGGUGUCACACGCGGAUGAAAAGUUAAAUUAAUCAGUUCGAGCACAAUGGCAUCGCAAGGGUGGAUGCUGCCGUUGCUAAUCCUCGGAAGCAGCGCGAUCGCGCUGGUUCCCGCGGCUCGAUUAUCCAAACAAGAAUCUCUCAAGAGCGCCCUGGACGCCGUCGCCAGGAAGCAGAGGUCCCUGGACACGGCGGAUUCGCCGGAAUACUACAACGACCUCCACUCGUUCAAGUACCACGGCGGCGACGCCGAUCGCAAGUUUGACCGCGACUUUGACGCGGACGACGAAGAGAUCGAGUUCCUGCCCGCAAUUUCAAGUAAUGGACAACUAGAAACGGUGGGCGAAGGACUCCAAGAUCUGGACAACAAGUUGCUCCAAAGGGCAUUAAUCGAUUAUUUGGAGGAGGAAUUAGCCGUGCCGGAGGAGCCGGUAGCCUCGAACUUCCGCGAGCGCGAGCGAGGCGGCAGCCGCAAACGGGGCGGCGCCGGCGAUCGAUCGAAUCUGGAUGACAAGGAACUGGCGAGACUGUUUGUGGAGGAACUGCAGGACAGUUCUCCCUACGGUCCGCUCGACGAGAUGGACGACAACGAGUAUUUAACCGCAUUACAAACGCUUUACGACAGAUACAGAGCUGGUAGAGGGAACAAAGUAUAUGAAACGGCAGGACCAAUGACUUGGGGCGAGUUGCUUAGCAAGGACCAGUUGCUGAGGAGCCAAACGAAGGACAGCGACGACAAGCUCGUGGAUCUCGAUCAGGAUCAGCAAAUCCUGUAUUUGCCAUCUGCGGAACGCAGAAGCGGUCAUUAUUCUAUCGGCCGCGAGGUCGGCACUUAUCGCUUGCCGCCAUCCAAGCGCUAUCCGGUUGCUAAGAGAAGCCCCAAAACUCCCCAAAAUAAGCUAAAAACGGAUCCUAAGGUCGCUCAAGACCUGGGAGCUUUAUUCGGCACACAAUCCGCGGACGCACACAACCACACUCACAAAUCUGAUCAUGAUCACGAUCACGAACAUAUCCAUGAUCCGGAACACGAACACGAUCACGACCACAGUCACGAUAACGAUCACAAUCGCGAAAGCUCGUCGGAAAUGCCGCCAAAAGCAACAUUGUCACCGAAGGGUCAGAAGGAAAACGCUACGAAGAACGCGGCGAAAUCGAAGUUCGUUCAAGUGAGAAAGAAGAGCGUCGAUUGGUCGCAAUACUUCGGCAUCGAUCGGAGGAAGAAGAAAGCUACUUUCGUGGCCGGACAGGGAUCGCAAAAUCAGGACGACGAAUGGAUGCUGCAGCGCUAUUACGAGAAUAUGGCCGAGAAUUUGAAGUCUAAAGAUGAUGAGAACGAGCACAAGGAAAAACUCGAGCAGAUGGAUUCGAAAUUGAAAUAUAUCAAAGAUAUGAUUAUCGAGGAAGCUCUGAGAUACGCCAAUUUGGAAGACGAAGCGGAUCUGCAGAAGGUAAAAGAUAAGUUAAUGUCGCGAAUGGCGGCGGCUUACUCCCUGCAGAAGAUGCGCAAGGCACUGAAUGACCUCCGAAACAACAUAGCGAUUCAGAAAGAGGCGCAAAGGACGCAAAAGGAGGAGACGCAGAACAAUUUGACGUCGAGUUUUCGCGAAAAUAGCAACAACAACGGCAAUUCUAACAGUAAUAACGGUGGUGCCACUAUUAGAACCAACGAAAAACGGAGCAGUAUCAGUAACAAUAUUGACGACGGCGAAUCCAUCGAGGAGCCUAGAAGCUGCCCGGAAUUAGAAACUAUCGAAUGGCGAUGCAAAGCCGUGGACAACCUAGCCGGCGACACAUCACGGAUGCUUUACGUGCCCUGCGUAAAGCUGCAAAUCUGCAAGGCUUGCGCACAGGAUGAAGAGGGAUUGUUGCCCUGCCUCGCUAACUACGCCGUGGAAGCCAGCAAGGUGUGCGAUACGUUGGACUCAAAGGAAGGACAGGCGGCUCCGAGGCUGGCGAUAGCUCGCGAGGAGGAAAGGCAAUCGUGCGCGAACGCCGCGUUGUUGUUGUCGCAGCUGAAACCACCCACGGCAGCGUCCAUACAAUGCCGCACGCAAAAUGCGCGUGAAUCCUGCCUGCGACGCUACAAUGCGCGUUACGAGCACCGCUACUUCCGCACGUCGUCGGCGUACGAAAGUCCCGGAUCGCACCGUCCGCAUCACGCGGGCGCCCUCGACGCGCUGCAGCAAUCCAUGUCCGAACGAUAAGAAUCGCGAACGAAAAAUUCUGGCCUGGUGUCAGCUUAUAACACGGUGAAACGCCAAUUAUCCGGACGCCGAGUGAUGAUUCUCCGAUGAUCGAUAUCCAAAAACGUCCAGACAAAUCCUUCACUUACGUUGAAGCUAAAUUUUUACAUUACACUUAUAUCGUUUUGAUGACUGGUUUACUUUUCUCUUUAUCUGACAAUUUUGUCCGGAUAAUCGACGUCUUACUGUGUCAACAACCUUCCGUCAUAAUGCAUCGAUGAGGAUUAACCCUCAGCGGAUACCACAAAUUUCCUUGAGCUUCUGAGAUCUGCCGCAAUCCAACUAAAAAUGUUUUUAAUAUUUGACAGUGAUUUUAAUCUUGCUAUAUUCAUUACUUUGUAAUUAAUUGUAUGUUACAAAGUGUUUUCCUUCGCGUAAUGGAAUAGAAAGUCCACAGUACUCGUUGAGGGUUAACAGGCUAGCGCACGAAAAGUAACGUUGUUCUCGAAUCGGAAUAUGACGGAAUAAAAUGAUUAAUCAAAAUCGUAUCAUUUGUUCAAGAUAUCAAAAAAAUAUAAAGCGCAAAAAAAUAAUAAUUUCGCAAGCGUAAAGUUCUGUUCUUCCGUUUUCUUUCGAUUCGAGAUCGCGUCAGAUCUCGACCACACGCGAUGGUACUCGACUCGAUACGUGAAACAGCUCUUUUUGCACACAACGCUCCUUCAAUAAAUUUACGUAUCAAUUCCGGCAAAAUUUGAGCAUCCUCAAUGGAUUUGAAGAAAAUAAAGCGGGUAAUACUUAGUUGACAUUAUUAGCCAUUGAAGCGAAUUUUGAGAAUUCUGCGUUGAAAUAAAAAGGAUUCAGUCUAAUUAACGAGAUAAUUUAGCUAUUUUAUCUAUUUGCGAGGUAUGCCAUUCGUCUGAACAGUUUCCUAAACCGCAAUCCUUCUCUCUUUCGCGACUGAACAACGAUGAUCGAAUUAGACGAGACAAUAAUAAUGAAUCAUAACAAAUAAAUAUGUACCUACACAUAGCACUCGUAACAAGAACCGAGUUUUGCGAAUGUUCGCCGUUAAAAAAAAAUUGUAAAAUUAAUCGAAGUGUUUGGACGAGCACCUCGCAAAUGAAUCGGACAAGGUCAAACGAUAUAAAGAAAUACGUAUGUAAAUUAUUGUUAAGUAUUAAAAAAAAAAUAUCGUUGCCGAGCGCAUAUCUCUCUUCUAGCGCACUCAUUUUCCGCGCUCGCGCGUAACUUUCGCAUAUGAAAGAGUCUACACGCGCUUAUUUUACAAAAGUUAAAUUAGCGUAUUUGUUUCUCGCGUGUUCUAAUCGACGCGCAGAAUCGACAGUUUCAUGUCCUCUCGCCGAGAAUCAUGCGUUUCUCGCGGGAAUGUGGUGAAAGAAGAAAAAAGAAAAAAAGAAAAAAGAUACCCAAUGCAGCUUCCACAAAGAGUCUAUCUCUUCGCAAAUCUAUAUCUAUUACUGUCUAUUAUAUCAAAUGUUUACGUUAUACGGCGUUAAGGAUACACAGUCGAUGUGUCAGUCCUAUAUUCAAAUGUAAUAAAUAUAUUUCAACAUAAAAAUCCGCUGUGCGGUUUGA